AUGGGUGCUCUGGGGCUCUCGCUAUGGCUCCCGCCGUCGAGGCUCCCACCGCCAGCCUACACGGGCGCAUCGCCUCAGGCCAAGGUCGCCGAGGCCGUGCUGAGCGAGGCUGAGCUGACCCGUGGAUGUCGGCACUUUUCGCUCUUGCAGGCCAUGUGCCACCCGCAAAAGUCAAAGGUCUCUCCGCUCCCGCCUGAUGCCUGCGAGCACUUUGUGCGCGUCUUUGAGCAGUGCCCCGGACGCGGCACCUACGAGCUGACCCCCGCGCCGGUCAAUCUCCACCAUCCGCUGCCGUCACGGACCUAUCCACGCGCCUCGGCCGGGCAGAUCGCGCUUUGGCGCGUGGCUCCGCUCCCACACGCCAUCUCCUUCCGCUCCCGCUACGCCAAGCCUGUUGUUCCUGCAUCGGCUGCUCCGGCCGAGUAG